CUCAAAGAGAGCCAAGCACGGAUUUGUAGAAAUAAUUUGAAUAAUUGAAGCAUUAUCUUGUCAUUAAGUAGAAAUAAGAUUACUCCAUUAAUCCCCAUACGAUUGUAAACUUGUUUAAGAAGUCAUAAGUCAACCUGUAUUAGUUUUAGUGUAGGCGUAUGUUUUUAAACGUGUCACCUGGUUGCACUCCAGUUUUCCAGAGUAGAGAAAGUUUCAUCUGUUGUGGUAACGGUGGGGAAAUGAUACUUUUUCUCUGAAAACAGACAUCAAUAAUGACAGAAAAUAACCCAACAGGAACUGAACAGCAAAAAGCAACAAGCGUCAGUAUAUCUGACACACAGACGUGGGAAAAAGAUAAGAAGUUUGUUGUUUAUAAAGUUGUGGUGAAUUCAGGAGACAAAGACUGGUUCAUUUUCCGGAGGUACAAUGAAUUUCACUCAUUGUAUGAAAAGGUCAAAAAGCUUUACCCAGAUGCUAAUUUAAAACUCCCUGGCAAGAAGAUUUUUGGAAAUCUGGACCCUGAUUUUAUACGACAUAGGAGAGAGGGACUUGAUGAGUUCAUUCAGAAACUUAUAAGUCAUCCCCAACUCAGGGAAAGUGCAGAUGUCCAAGCCUUCUUGUCUUUAAACAACAGGAAAAAUACUCAAGGAAGCGAUGACAGUGAAACUUUAGACGAUUUCCGCUCAGAGUCCAAUCAGGAUGACAGUGAUGCUAAUCCUGUGAAUCUAGGACCUAGUGAGAAAACAAGUGUGAAACCUAGCCAUUUUGAAUUUCUCAAAGUCAUCGGAAAAGGCAGUUUUGGAAAGGUUUUGCUAGCACGUCACAAAGUGGAGGGCAAAAUUUAUGCAGUGAAGGUUCUACAGAAACAGGCGAUUAUGAAGAGAAAUGAAGCAAAACACAUCAUGGCAGAGAGGAAUGUCCUGCUCAAAAACAUCAAACACCCCUUCCUAGUUGGCCUGCAUUUCUCCUUCCAGACCCCAGACAAACUGUAUUUUGUUCUGGAUUAUGUGAAUGGUGGUGAGCUUUUCUUUCAUUUACAACGAGAGCGAUACUUCCCUGAAGCCAGGGCCAAGUUCUAUUCAGCUGAGAUUGCUAGUGCCCUGGGCUAUCUGCACUCCCUCAACAUCAUCUACAGAGAUCUAAAGCCAGAAAACAUACUGUUAGAUUCAAAGGGCCAUGUUGUGCUGACAGAUUUUGGACUGUGUAAAGAAGGGAUAGAAGGAAUGGGAACAACUUCCACGUUCUGUGGAACACCUGAGUACCUAGCCCCUGAAGUCCUGAGGAAGCAGCCAUAUGAUAAGACAGUGGAUUGGUGGUGUCUAGGAGCUGUCCUCUAUGAGAUGCUAUAUGGCCUGCCUCCAUUCUACAGCAGGGACACAGCAGAAAUGUAUGACAACAUCCUGUAUAAACCUCUACGACUGAGAACCAAUGUGUCUGUGAAUGCUCGACAGAUUCUUGAAGGGCUUUUGCAAAAGGAGAAGGAAAAACGUUUGGGAUGUAAAGCAGAUUUUAAAGAAAUCAGAUCACAUGAGUUUUUCGCUGAUGUCAACUGGGAUGAUUUGGACAAUAAGCGAGUGGAUCCUCCAUAUAAUCCCAAUGUGAGUGGCCAGUUGGAUUUGAAGCAUUUUGAUCCGGAGUUUGUGCGAGAACCUGUUCCAGCCUCAUUGGGAAAGUCUGCCGACCAGAAGCUGGUUAGUGCGAGUGUGAGGGAGGCAGAUGGGGCGUUCCUGGGCUUUUCCUACGUGCCACCGUCAGAAGAUGUGUUUAACUGAUCUUACUGUGAUAUAGGUGUACAAAUCCAGGAGCAGUGUUACACUUCCUCAGGUUUAGUUGCCAGAUUUUGAGGGGUAACAUUUUACAGUGAGUUGUGUGUUGCGACAUUCACAACGGCUGUGCAGGCAUAUGAAAAUUGCAGUAUUUUUUGUUUCUUAUUUACUUACCACCUCUCAUCAUGCUAAUUCCAUUAUGAACUGUGGGAGGUGAUUUUAGAACUUUGAUCAGGUUUACCUGGCUGGAGUCAUUAAAACAG